GCUGUGCAAUCUAUCAAUAUGACUCAUGACAGCGCGAAAACACAAAUGGAUGUUAAGGUAUAAUGAUUUUUACAAAAGGUCCGCUACGCGGCUGUUCAAAGCGUGCGAUAUUUCGAAAUCGCUUGAUUUCUGCUGAUUUCAACACUGAUUUCAAGAUUUCUUGGAAAUAUCAGUUGCAGCAAUUUUGUACAUUAAUUUCAAUGCCCUGAAAAUACAUUUACUUAGACUUUGGAAAUAUUUUAAAAUAACAUAUUGUUAUAAUUAUGAAGUAUAUUAUCUGAAACACGUAAGAGGGACGCUUAAGCCUUUUGCAAGAACUUUUGUGAUUUCUGAUUUCAAAAUCAUCUGGGGCCAGUUGUUCAAAGCUGGGUUAGCUUAACCCUGGGGUAACCUAAAAUUCAAAGCAAACUUUCCAACUGCUUGUUUACAAAUUUGGAAAUAUUUCUUCAGAGAUCUUGUCUGAAUCAGUAUAGGAUUCCGAGAUUCUGGAAGGAAACACAUGACAUUACUCAUUUUUUCUUUUGAUCUCUUCUUUCUUGUUCUGUUUUAGUUGCGAUCACUGAUAUGUUAUGGAUUAAAGUGAGUGGACAAUCAUAUAAUAAUUUUCAUGUGAGCAAUGUUCAUGGCAUUCAUAUUUGCUAUUUUCGUUCUAGUGAACAAUGCCUUCAUCUGUGGUUCGAGUCAUUGUGUUCAUCUGAAGACAUCGUCAAUAAAUGGUAGGUUUAUCCAGGGCUCGAAAUAACGUUUCAUGUUGCGCCGGUCGUGGUGACCGGUCAGCUCAAAUUGUGACCGGUCAGCUCAAAUUGUGAUCGGUCAUGCAGAUGCGAUUUCUGACCGGUCAACUCCCACGAGACCCCACGAAUACUCGCCUCCCUGCAACGCAUUGCUCACUCAAUGUAUUAAACAACGAUCAAAUUUCGAUCUGUUGAUGCCGAGAUGCACGCAGUAUAUGAUUCUAACACAAUUAAAGUUUUAAAUAUAAACUUCGUCAUAUCUUACACGGCUAAAAACGAUGUUGCAAUGUUGAUGAAAACUGGUUUGAACAAUGUUUUGGUGCCCACAUUGUUCACAGUUGUCAGGCUCGACAAUAUUGUUCAAUAUUGUUGACAAGUGUGAACAACGUGGGCAGCAUAAGAAAUUCAACGACUUAAAUUUGAAUGAAAAGUUUAAUGAUAAUAUGAAUAAAAUCUUUACAAACUAACAUAAUAUUUAACGGAUCCACAACAGCACAAAAAUUAAUCUCAUUCCCAGAGCCAAAAUGUGGUCGUUCAUAUUAAAAUCAUAUUAAAAUUGCGGUCAUUGACCGGUGACCGGCCGUUAUUUUGAGCCCUGCUAUCAUUCCUAAUUUGAAAUGAAUCUGUAAACAAGUUUGGUGUUUGUCAUGAAAUAGAAAACAGCUUUUUAAAAGAACGAGCAAAAGAAUGAGUUGUGCAUGUGUUGUUUCACUUAUAGGUUCUACCCCUGGUCUUUUAUCCGUAGUCCAGGAUGGGUGCAGAUAAAAUGCGAACUAAGGUGUGUACAUGCAAUUCUGUUGAAUGUAUUCAAUCAGAUGCAUGGAGGAAAGCUUAAUAAAAAAGUUGAUUUUAAAUUUACCAGGUUUUUAUAUCACUAGACAUACACAGAACAACUAAAAUAGGUUAUUUUAUUAAAAAAAAACCAUUUUACAGUAAUAACAAUUGUGUGAAUUAUAUAUUUUCCAGGGUACUGGCGUCAUUUGCAUUCAGUUUAAAUAUUGACUGGGAAAUCGUGGACAAGAAGGGCGUAAGUAUAUAUACUGGUUGUUUUGCGUGGAAAAUGGUAUGAAAUCAUGCCAUAUGCAUGAUAUGAUGAUGAUAUUAUUAACUUCUUGAUUAACCGAACGCGAGGUCUGUACAGAGAAAUACAAAGUUAUUUUUCCUCAACCAGGUCUACUUUAUGGCCUGCCUAGAAAUUUUCGAAAACAACGUAGUUUUUCGUGAAACUGAUUUAGUUAUUUGCCAUCUUAAAUCUUGAAGUUAUCUUGUUGAAGAAUGAAAGUAUACAUUAUAAUUUGGUUGCACUUUACAGAGCUCAGUUGUGUUGGUG